AUGGGAAGACCUCCUUGCUGUGAUAAAUCCAACGUUAAGAGGGGUCUUUGGACUGCUGAGGAAGAUGCCAGGAUUCUUGCUUAUGUUUCCAACUAUGGAAUUGGGAACUGGACUUUAGUUCCAAAGAAAGCAGGAUUAAACAGAUGUGGGAAAAGCUGCAGGCUUAGGUGGACCAAUUACUUAAGGCCUGAUCUUAAACAUGAGAGCUUCACUCCUCAAGAGGAAGAAGUCAUAAUCAAUCUUCACAAACAUAUUGGCAGCAGAUGGUCAUUAAUUGCAAAGCAUCUUCCUGGAAGAACAGACAAUGAUGUGAAGAACUAUUGGAACACUAAGCUGCGAAAGAAGCUUUCCAAGAUGGGAAUUGAUCCUGUAACUCAUAAGCCAAUUUCUCAGGUUCUUUCUGAUUAUGGAAACAUCAACAGCCUCCCAAACACUGAAAAUCUAAUUGGGUCCUUUGGCAAGAAUUUGAGAAACACGUUAAUACCCAAGAUUGAGCCAUCUUCAAUACCCAUGGGGCUUCAAAAUAACUGUGUGGUCAUGAAGCCAGUGAUAGAGAAAGUCCAAGAUAAUUUAUCUGCUGCAAAUAACCUUUCAUGGGACAUUUUGGCUCAGGGUCAAGUCAACAACCGAGGAUCUAUCCAACCUAACUUCUUCAGUGAAGUUACUUCUCCUUGUUCAUCUUCAUCGUCAACUGCUUUCUCGCAAUUGAGUUCACCUCAAUCCUCUUCUUUCCAGGCAUCUCAGUCUGAAAUUACACCACCAUCUCCCUUCAGUUGGAGUGAUUUUCUCCUCAGUGACCCUCUCUUCCAUGACAAUUCUCAGCAAAAACAAAAGCACAAGUUCCCUGGACCAAGACGAUCCUCAACUAUGACACAGAAGGAAAUAUCCCAGUUCAAAGCCAAUGGUGGAAGUGAUCAUAACUUUAACAGAAUUGAACGUCAGGGAUUUGGAGUAUAUGAUUACAGCUCUACCACAAUGAAUCAAGUUAACAUAAAAACUGAUGCUUCUUCAUUGCCUGCAAGUUCUUUCGUUGAUGCCAUCUUGGAUAGAGACAGUGAGAUACGUUCACAAUUUCCUGAAAUUUUAGAUGGUUCUCUUGAUUACUGA